ACACCCAUACUCGUCGCUAUCCACAUGUCAGCCUCUAAUUUGUUCAAUAUUAGGCAUCAGUUGACGUUCUAUGGUGCAUACCAUUCGAACAAGACAAAUAUUGCUAUCCAUAUCUGCUUCGUACCCCUCAUACUUUGGACCUUCCAAGUUCUUGGAAGCUUAUUACCGGUCCCUUCCUUCUUCCCCGACUUCCACUAUGUUUUCAACGACUACAUGUCCUUCGAAAUCAACUGGGCUACUAUCGCUAUGGCACUAUAUCUCGCGUACUACUACGCCCUUGAGCCACUAGCCGCCCUCAUCUACACGCCACAAAUGGUUCUCUUCGUGUUGACGGCAGUCCAAGCGUCCAAAAAUGCCGACAACUUCAAAAUCGCAGCCGGCUUGAACGUUCUCUCGUGGAUUAUGCAGUUCAUUGGUCACGGAGUGGCGGAGAAGAGGGCACCGGCCCUGUUGGACAAUCUUCUUGGCGCCCUCGUCCUUGCUCCCUUCUUCGUUCAUCUCGAGUUGCUCUUCAAGGUCGGAUACAAGCCUCAACUACAUCGGGACCUGAAGAACGAUAUUGGAAAGGAGAUUACGGCUCUCAAGAAGGCGCAAGGCGAGAAGAGGCGAGCGCAGGAGGCGAAGGAGCUGUAAGAUGUUGCUGUCUUUCUCCCCGUUGAACAUAUCUAUCUCCGCCAGUCGGUCGCUCCCAAAGGGCUCCUCGUAAUUGAGCUUUUUUGAGGUCUCGUUAUGACUUGGUAAUUUGUAGGAUUAUUUGUACGGUUUGUGAUUUCGAGCAAGUCUCUAGCUUUCGUGUCGAAGACUGCUCGGUUCUGGUCCCUGAAAUCACUUUCG